CGGCCCCGCGUUUCCCUUCUUCGAGUCUCGAGUCUCGAGAGAGAGAGAGAUCAAACGCUCGAUCGAUCCGUCGAGCCAUCAUCGAUUACAAGAGACAGCAGUGCGAGAAAUCGAGCCGGCGCAGAAGAUCUGUCCGGGCAGGCGUCGAAGGCAGGAGGAGAGAGCUGUCAGUGGCCGCGGAAACGAGAUGGGGCGUGCCGAGGAGGCUCCUUACCGGAGGGCGGGGGGAGCAGGAGUGGGCGGGGGCGACGGUCUGAGAAACUAUUAUUUGGGGCAUACCCAUGACCUUCUGUUGCAAUUGCGAGUGAAGACUCAUAAUCUUCACCGUCUCGAAGCUCAGCGCAAUGAUCUGAACUCGAAAGUGAGAAUGCUCAGAGAGGAGUUGCAGUUGUUGCAAGAGCCUGGUUCCUACGUGGGUGAAGUUGUUAAAGUUAUGGGCAAGACUAAAGUUCUUGUGAAGGUUCACCCUGAAGGCAAAUAUGUCGUUGAUAUUGACAAGAAUAUUGAUAUCAACAAAAUCACUCCUUCCACUCGUGUUGCUCUUCGUAAUGACAGCUAUGUGCUACAUCUUAUCUUGCCCAGCAAGGUAGAUCCUCUCGUCAAUCUGAUGAAGGUCGAAAAAGUUCCAGACUCUACUUAUGACAUGAUUGGUGGACUUGAUCAGCAAAUCAAGGAAAUCAAGGAGGUUAUUGAGCUGCCCAUCAAACAUCCGGAGCUGUUUGAGAGUCUUGGAAUUGCCCAACCUAAGGGUGUUCUUCUAUACGGACCACCCGGAACGGGAAAGACACUCCUUGCCAGAGCGGUGGCACAUCACACAGACUGUACAUUUAUCAGGGUUUCAGGUUCCGAGCUUGUGCAAAAGUACAUUGGAGAGGGUUCUCGUAUGGUUCGUGAAUUGUUUGUGAUGGCUAGAGAACAUGCUCCUUCUAUCAUCUUCAUGGACGAAAUUGAUAGUAUUGGAUCAGCACGAAUGGAAUCUGGUAAUGGCAAUGGGGACAGUGAGGUUCAGCGAACUAUGCUGGAGCUGCUUAAUCAGCUUGAUGGAUUCGAAGCAUCGAACAAAAUUAAGGUAUUGAUGGCCACAAAUCGAAUUGAUAUCCUCGAUCAAGCUUUACUCCGACCUGGACGUAUUGACCGGAAAAUUGAGUUCCCAAAUCCGAGUGAGGAGUCUCGAUUGGACAUUCUUAAGAUUCAUUCGAGGAGGAUGAAUCUUAUGCGAGGUAUAGACUUGAAGAAAAUUGCAGAGAAGAUGGGCGGCGCGUCAGGAGCCGAAUUGAAGUCCGUGUGUACAGAAGCAGGAAUGUUUGCACUGCGGGAACGUCGUGUACAUGUGACGCAGGAAGACUUUGAAAUGGCCGUAGCUAAGGUUAUGAAAAAGGAGACUGAGAAGAAUAUGUCUUUGAAGAAGCUGUGGAAGUAGGACGGUUUCCUUGAAAUGUUCACUUAUUGUAGAGACAAAAUGUUGAACUCCUGUAAUGAUAAUAACCAUUCUCUUCUGAGAUAUGUCAUACUGGAGAUUCAGAUCGGGCAGGACUGCCAAUGAUGACCUGUCAUUAGUUUCUGUCGGUAUUGUUUUGGGCUCAUCUUGUACAAAGAUCUGAGAUGAAGUGAAGCUAGUUAUAAACUUUUGUCGAUCUCUCGAUCCACUACGUGCACCAAUGACAGAAAAUGGAGAAGAUUUCCGGGUGAGUACCUGACCCGCAGAAGCACGAAUGGAUAUUUCAUGAUGUUCAACCGAGGAAGAAAAACAACGAAGAUCUGGAUGUGACUCAUUGACUUUUCUGGUUGGAUAUAUAUAAGUGCA